AUGAUUGCCAGCAAUCUCAUUCUUGCCAUCAUCCCUCUCCUUUCUUUCACCUCGGCACUACCAGCCGGUGAAACAAGUCUCCUCGGUCCUCUGGCAAGCAACGCUGCCCUGGAUACCCUGACGCCACGGGCAACGACGAACGAUGCGCCCAUCAUCUCGGACGUGCUCCAACAACGCAGCACAGGGGAUCAAGCUAAAAAGAAUGGUAUAUGGGCCAAGCUGGGCUUUGGGGGGCAUAGGGUGCCCCGAAAAAAGUCGUUUCCCGGACAGGGCCGUCGCUUGGGCGGUGGUCCUUCGGAGGAGGCCAGUGAUAGCAAGCCCUCCGACCAGUCCACUGAGAGGCCCCACCAGUCCACUGAGAAGCCCGUCCAGCGCCAGCAGCGCAAGAUCAACGGCGGGCAAUAA